AUGACGGACGGCGCGGGCUUCAAAGAGCGCGAGGCGGCGCUGCUGCGCGAGCUGUCGGCGCUCUACACGAAGCUGAACCAGGUGCGCGAGAAGCGCGUCAAGGCGGAGCAGGAGAGCGGCUCUGGAGCCGAUGGAGACGUCGACGCGGACGACGACGCGGGCGGCAGAGGCUCGAGACGCCGCCGCCGCGUGCUGCUCGUGACGCGCACGCUGCCCUUCUGGCUCGUGUCGGAGGACGCGCAGUCCCAGUGGCGUGCCGAGUUCCCGGAGCACGCGAGUCUGAACGGUGCCAUGGAGAUCUUCCGGUCGCUGCACGAGAGCUACGACUGCGUCUGGAUCGGCUCCGUGCACGGCGAGAUCGAGCCCAGCGAGCAGAACACGCUGAAGGAGCAGCUCCUGCAGGACCGCAACUACUACCCCGUGUUCCUGGACGAGAAGCGCGAGCGACUGUACUACCAGGGCUUCUGCAAGACCGUCAUGUGGCCGCUGUUCCACUCGUGUCCGCCGACGACUGACGACCAGAUUAUCCAGCACGAGAUGAUGGAGGGGGGACAAGAGGAUGAGCGCAGUAUGGAAAAAAUGUGGCAGGCCUACGUCGCUGCCAACCAGGCGUUCGCUGAUGCAGUGCAGGAAGUUUACGAGGAAGGAGACUUGAUCUGGAUCCAGGGGUAUCACUUGACGCUGGUGCCGCAAAUGGUGCAGAACCUGUUCCCGAACGAUAAUAUCUGCUUGGGCUUCUUCAUGCACAUCCCGUUCCCGUCGGCGGAGCUGUACCGGAUACUCAACAACCGAGAGGAGAUUUUGACGGGGAUAUUAGGCGCCGACCUGAUUGGAUUCCAGACGUACGAGUACGCGCGGCAUUUCCAGAGCGCGUGUGUGCGCCUGCUCGGACUGGAGAGCAGUCACAAGGGCGUGGACUACAAUGGACACUUUGCGCGCGUGACGAUCUGUCCCGUGGGGAUUGACGCAGAUAAGUACAUUGCGAUGGUGCAGUCGGACUCGGUGCAGGAGCAGAUGAAGCAGCUCGAGAGCCAAUUUGCCGGCAAACAGGUCAUUCUCGGUGUAGAUCAACUUGACCAGACGAAAGGUUUGGUGCAUAAGCUGCUGGCUGUUGAGGAGCUGUUCACGCAGAAGCCGGAGCUCGCGAAGGAGGUGGUGUUUUUGCAGAUCGUUACGGGUGCGUCAGUGUUUGAGUCGGCGCUCGAGUCUCAAGUUGAGUCUCUCGUGUCACGUAUCAACAGCAAGUUGCAAGAUAUCGGUACCGAAGGCCCUGUGCAGUAUUUGAAUAAAGAGAUUGCAGUGGAGGCUCUGAUCGCGUUGUACGCGCUGGCAGAUGCGUUAGUGAUCACGCCGGUCCGUGACGGCAUGAACACUGUUCCGUUUGGAUAUAUAGUUUGCCGGGAGGCGACAAGCAAGCAUGCGCGCGUGAUUCUGAGCGAGUUUGCCGGCUGCGCGCAGUCCUUAGGCGGAGCAAGACUGGUGAACCCAUGGAAUACCGAAGAACUCACUGACGCGCUGCAAGAAUCUCUGCGGGACAACGACGAAGUGAUGCGUGCUCACCAGCACAUGUACAGCUACGUGAGUUCGUUCACGUCGUGGCAUUGGGCGGACAAUUUCCUGGAGCAGCUUCACGAAUGCAGCGAAGAGAACGCGCUCUCGGUGUCUGGACGCGAGUUGAGUCGACGGGAUAUGACAUCCGCGUACUCGCGGUCGUCGCGGCGUCUGAUCUUCAUCAACUACGAAGGUGUGCUAGCGGCUGAAGCGUCCAUUCCGGAACUGGCUUAUCCGCCCCAAGAGCUCAUCUGGCAGCUGUCGAUGCUGACGAAGGACCCGCGCAACACGGUGGUAUUAGUGAGCGCGCGUAGCACAUCGGUGUGCGAACAGUGGUUUGCCGGCUUGUCUGGCAAUCUCGUUCUUGCAGCAGAGUACGGCGUGUACGUGAAGUGGGUCGGCAAAAAUGAGUAUUGGCACUGCAUGGUGCCCAACAUGGACAUGAGUUGGUGGGAGCACGUGGUUCCGUUGCUGGAGUAUUACACUGAACGGACCCCGGGCGCGUACAUCGAGCGCAAGGAGAGCUCUGUGGCUUGGCAUUAUCGCGAUUGCGAUUUGGACCACGGUUUGUGGCAGGCGAGUGAGCUGUUGGUCUCAUUGCGUGAAAUCACACGAGCGCUUCCGGUGUCGGUGUGCCCAGGAAAUCGAUACCUUGAGGUCCGACCACAGAAGGUUAGCAAGGCGACACUUUUCGAGCGGAUCUGGGAGUUUAUGAACUGGUCGACGCUGUUCCCGGGCGAGGAUCCAGUGACGACUGAGUACUUCGGAGAACCGGUGCACUCGCAGUCGUCGCCGAUGAUGAAACCGCGUGGAUUUUACAACAAUCCAGCCGAUGACGAGAUGCCGGAGUUUAGCCUGGAUGAUCGACACCUAUCGGAAUCGGGCGGUGACUAUAUUCAUGCCGGCAGGAAAGAUUCUGUAAGUUUUAGUUUGGAUGCUGGGGCGCUAAGCUCGUUGGACGUUCUGGACGAUAAACAACCGGUCGAUUUCGUUCUGGUUAUCGCCUCUGGGGAUGACCGCACCGAUGAGGAUUUGUUCGCGUUCCUGGUCCCUCCGCCGAUUGAUUUGGAGGCUUACUGCCGGCAGCUCGAGAAGGACGACUUUAUCCAGGACUCGGGCGACAGCGAGGGUGGAAUCGGUUCCUCCAGCUUUGGUGAUAUCAGUGACGACAUGUCGUACAACGCCUUUAGACGUCUAUUGGGACGAGAUGGCAGCUUGACGUCACUUGCUGCAGGAUCGCCUGGAGAGCGCGGAGGUCUAUCAGCUGCAGCGUCGUUGGCUCGACUCAGUUCGCAGCCUAAUGACGCAGAUUUCCUCAUGCUGGGAGAAAAUAUGACCAAGUUGACACCUUUGGCAAAGCCAUCCAUUUCCGACGGCGCGGCAACUAUGUUUCCUGUGGCGAUGCUCAACCGGCCGUCUAAUGCGCGACGUGACGAGAUCACUGAGAAGAGUAAAUUCACUCCUCGUCGGGACUUCCCGCCGUCUGCUGCUUUAUUCAAGGCUAUGAAGGUGAAGUACGGCGACAACUUUGGAAUUCACAGACUCCCAGACACCCCUGCAGCCUGUUGGGCACUUGUUUGCCCUCCUACUGCACGCGCAAAACUAGAAGACGGCGCGGGAGCACAGAGUGGCGGCACAAGCCAAACGACAUCGGUCUCUACCGAUGAACCUGACGAUGGGCGGUAUCGCUUCCCCGUCAAUACAUUCGUGUGCACGCUGGGCCGGAAACUCUCGCAGGCGCCAUACUUUAUCAAGAACUCGGGCGAUUUGUUCCAGCUGGUACAGGAAAUGGGUAUGAGCAGCCACAUCCGCAAGCAGCGAAUGCUUUCCAUGGGCAGCGUCGGGGAUAUUUAA